AUGUUGACUGUACAUCAUCUUGAGUGCAGCCAAAGCGAGCGCAUUGUCUGGCUUUGCGAGGAGCUUGCAAUAUCCUACGAACUGAAACGUUACAACCGAAGUCCCAUUUUUGCUCCGCCAGAGCUGAAGGCGCUCACACCUAUGGGCGGCGCUCCUAUAAUUACAGACUCUACUUUCGAUCCUUCAAACCCUUUGACAAUCGGUGAAAGCGCGGCGAUUGUCGAAUAUAUUGUCCAUAAGCAUGGCGGUGGGCGACUAAUUCUGUCUCCAUCCGACAAAAAUUACAGCGAUUAUUUGUACUGGUUUCAUCAGUCCAACACCAAUCUGCAGGGUGCCAUCUUCAGAGCUUUGCUUGUUGGACAAUUAAGGCUGGCGCCUGAAAAUCCGAUACAGAAAGGUGUAGACGCCAAGGUGAAGGCUAUAUUGAAUAUGCUUAACGAUCGGCUCAAUCAAGUAACGUGGUUGGCAGGAGAUGAGUUUACAGUGGCGGAUAUCAUGACAGUGACUUCUGUGACCACAAUGAGGUUUUACUACCCCAUUGAUCUCACUGGUUACGAUGGUAUUCUUUUAUGGCUUCAACGUGUCGGAGAACGCCCAGCCUACAGGUCUGCCAGGCAAAAAGGCGAUCCGGGACUGGUGCCUUGUUUGGGAGCUGCAACACCAGAACUGUUCCCGGCGUGGGCUGCCAUCUCGCAAUGA